AUGAACAGCGCCGACGCUCGCCUCGCCGGACUCGUCCAUCCCUCGCCGCGACCGCUGGAGGUCCAGGAGGUGAACAAGCACUUCAUCCGCAGCUGCGCGCUCCACCCAGACCUUGAAGCCGGCGACGCCCUGCGCCCCGAGUGCCCUCACGAGGUCUGCAUCAUCUCGGGCGUCACCUUCGACCCACGCGACGUCGACACCGACCACAGGCUCAAUGGCUCGCUGGACGCGCUCCUCCGUGGCGCGCCCGGCCUCGUUCUCCUACCACCACCACAGGAUGCGGCAACGGCUUCACCAAUCCCUACUCCAGCACUAGAAGCAUCCUCGCUGGUCCUGGCUGCUGCUUGGAGCAAGUCAGUUGCUCCCUCCGUUCAUGCAGAUAGUCCUGCAUCAGUCAUCACACUACCGCCCACCAAGUGUUCGAUGCAAGUUCGCAACAACUUUGAGUGCAGGGUAUCAACAUCUACAGCUGUGAACACUCCUAGGAAGGUUGACCAAAUGCUGAAAAGGUACAUCACAGACUUUACCCAUGCAUACUCCAUUGGCGUUGUCAUGCUCUAUUCGGCAUCCGAGAUACAUGGUGUUCAGAGGGUGUUUGGGAAAUUGAUCAUUCAGUGCCCGGUGCCGUUCUGGCCGUUCUCAGCUCCAGUGGUAGUCAAAGCGCCAUGGUCGCCAUUUAUGUUGUUUGAGAUCAAGGGUGAUGCAGUCCAUCUCAGUCCAAUCCCUUGGCCAUUUUUCUGUGGUUAUGCAGCCCCUGUGCACUUGAAGACAUCACUCUCAGUUAAUACUAUGCUUGCAGACUCCACACAGCUUUGUUUUGGUUUAUGGUCGCCGUUCUAUUUAUGUUGGUUUGCUGUGCAGAGUAGUGGAAGUGUGGUGCAAAUCCUUGUGUGGCCAAUCCUUAUGCAUGAGAAUUCAGCUGCUAAUAUGGAGCAUUUUCCGGUUUCAGUUCAGCAUAAGGGCAAAUCGUUAAAUCCUCAUGCAGUUUUUCACAUGCCGUUAACUGUCCUUUAUGUGGUACAAAUUUCUAUGGAUGCAGCAAGGAGAAGGUGCUUUCUAUUUUGCUGGUGA